AGCCCCAGCAGUCACGUGACCGUUCAACAUGGCGUUACACUGGAGGAGUUUGAUGCGCUUUCGUUCAUCAACACGGCCGCUGAUCAUCUUCACCUUCUGCCUGACUGUCAUCCACAGCCUGGGGAGUGAUGUGGACAACUGUGAUAAACUGCAGUUGGGACAAUAUCUGUGUAAAGAACCCAAAAUAGAUGAUGCAACUCAAGAGCCAGAAAACUGCAAGGACCGGUUGGCCUGGGUGGAAUGCCUUCCUGCUCCAAACAUCAGCUGUCGGCUGUCAAAUGGAACACAGUUCAAAUUCAGCGGUGAAGAGGUUGGGUUCAACAAAAGCGUCCCAUGUCGAAAUGUGAGUGGUUACUCAUACAAAGUGGCUGUUGCUCUGUCACUCUUCCUGGGAUGGAUUGGGGCGGAUCGGUUCUACUUGGGAUACCCGGCCUUAGGCCUGCUGAAAUUCUGCACUGUGGGGUUCUGUGGAAUUGGAAGCUUAGUGGACUUCAUGUUGAUAUCCAUGCAGAUUGUGGGUCCAUCAGACGGGUCGGAUUACAUCGUGGACUACUACGGGGCACGCCUCACCCGUCUUUCGAUAACAAAUGAGACCUACAGAAGAACGCAGCUCUCUCCGUGAAGACACCAGGUGGAUCCCAAUGAGAUGACCAAACAAAUGUACAGGAUCAUGUUAUGUAAAUGCCAUCUUUUCUUUGGAUAUGCCUUUGCCGUUUCCAAACACAAAGACACAUGGAUAUGCCAAACUACGCUCUGGGAAAGACUAGUCCAUGCAAAUACGGCUCAUGCACGUGCUGAGCUGCGUUGGUCCCACUGCUCCAAGCUCUGCUCAGAACCUUGCUCUAUCACUCUCUCUCCCAUCAUUCAUCAAUCUCUUCCUUUGAGUCAUGUUGCAGGAAUGUAGUCCAUCAUUUGUUUCUUUUCAUUCCGUGCCCACACUAGCUUCACAUCGUUGGACAUUGUGUGAUGUUUUGAUGUUAUUUAAACACUGUAAAUAAAGUUUUAAUAUCA